CAUCGUUCAGCUCUAGCUUCACUUGUUCUUUUCCCUUUUAUAUUUAUUCACUCAGAAAACGAGGUAAAAAAAUAAACCCCCCCCCCCACCAAUUCCUGACGGACUUGUUUUGAACCCAAACCAUACCUUCCAGGAAGCUUGAAAAAGCAAUCAAGCUUAAGCAAUGGCCAUGCAGUUUAUUAUAGACCAAGUUUUAUUGAUUAAAUCAGUACGUAUCCAGCGGCUACAUUCAAACACUUACCAAAUGUUUGAUCUUUUGUCUCUGAGAAGAAACUGUUACCAACAACCCUUAUUUGGACGGUUUCAAAUUAGACCAAUGACUUCCAGUAGACGAGUCCAAGACCGCAGCCAAAGCAAACGAAUUCAUCAUCUCGAGAUUAUAAAAGAGAAAUGGAAAAUAUUAUCUAAGGUAUUGUUUUUGAUGGAAGUUAUAAAGAGAGAAACGGAGAUGGUUAUCCCCGUGAGGUCAUUGUAUCAAUACAGGAAGCAAAUCAAUUUACCGAAACCCCAUAAAAUAACAGACUUCAUCGAUAAAUGUCCCAAGUUGUUCGAAUUAUAUAAGGAUCAAAGGGGAGCCUUAUGGUGCGGGAUGACUAAAGAAGCUGAGGAUUUGUUGGACGAAGAGGAAAGGUUGAUUGAGGAACAAUCAACCAAAGCUGUCGAGUAUGUUACUAGGAUUCUGAUGAUGUCGGUCGAUAAACGGAUUCAAUUAGAUAAGAUUGCUAAUUUUAGGAGAGAUUUUGGUUUGCCAGUUGAGUUUAGGACCAAGUGGGUGAAUCAGUAUCCACAACAUUUUAGGGUGGUAAAAUCUAAAGAUGGGGUUGAGUUUCUGGAGCUUGUGAAUUGGAAUCCUGCUUGGGCUGUUACAGAGGUGGAGAAGAAGGCAUUGGGUUUGAAGGAUGGGAUUGGACGUGAACCAGGUGUACUUUCGUUGCCUUUUCCUUUGAAGUUCCCUCCUAACUACAAGAAGGUGUAUAGGCAUGGAGGGAAGAUCGAGCAUUUUCAGAAGAGGUCUUAUUUGUCUCCCUAUGCGGAUGCUAGGGAGCUGAAAGCGGGCUCAUUGGAAUUUGAUAAGAGAGCAGUUGCUGUUAUGCACGAGUUACUUAGCUUUACUAUUGAAAAGAGAUUAGUGACCGAUCAUCUCACUCAUUUCCGACGGGAGCUUGUGAUGCCGCAGAAGUUGAUGAGGCUUCUUUUGAAGCAUUUUGGCAUCUUUUAUGUUUCUGAAAGGGGGAAGAGAUUCAGUGUUUUCUUGACUGAAGCUUAUGAAGGUUCUGAGCUGAUUGAGAAAUGCCCGUUGGUGUUAUGGAAGGAAAAGGUCCUGAGCUUUGUUGGCUAUAGAGGAAAGAAGAAAAAGAUUCCUACUUUCGGUGACCUGUCAGCCAUGGAGGAAAGAGAUAUAAUUGAGGAAAAGGAUAUGAUUGAGGGUGAUACCGAGAUGGAAAACAUACAUGCGGAUUUUGAGGAAGAGGAAAUCAUGGAAGGUUUAGAGGCUGUUUCACUAACCAAUGAUGAUGAGCUGGAGAUUCCUCAUGUUAGCAAUGCAAAUAAAGCCACAAAUAAAACUUGAGGUUAUUUUCUUUUGCACAUU